CCGCCCCUCCAGUCCACGCCGUCGCUACUUCUGACAAUGCCCUACUUUCCACCAGGACGGGUACUGGCCAUAGAGGACCUGGAGAACAUGGAGAUCUCAAUCCCGAUACGCCACCGCACCGAGGACAAUGCGCAGGGCAACACGCAGGGCAAUGCGCAGGGCAUCCCGGAGCAGAGCAAUAACGCCCAAAUCAGCGCCGAGCAGUACCUAAGAAUCAAGACACGCCGUCGUCGAUAUCUCGAUCUGCAUCCCGAGUACUUCAGCCACGAGCUUGAACUAGCUGACGUCCUUCUCUAUGACCACUACAUCCGCCGUUUCUACACCCCCGCUGAGAGCGCAGCCGCAGACGUUGCGAAAGGCUUCGCCGAUGCCCUCGAAGCCGACCUCUGGCGCGCCGAGGCCAAGGUCGAAGCCGUCGAAAACCCGAACCCUAACCACGACUUCGUGUACUACCGCCAAACGAAUGGAGUCAUCGUGUCUGUUGAUAAAGGCGAGGAGGAGAUGGAUCGGGAGGAAGCGAAGGAGGCGUGGCGGUUCGAGAUGAAAUGGCGGUUCAUACGCGGCGAGGACGAUCAAUUCAACUAUAAGACGGUUGAUGAGAACGUGGCGUACGACGAUCCCGAGGAGGAGCGUGAGCUCCAAGACGCUUACCUGGACGCUGCUGACGAUGAUACGGAAAUGGGCGAUAAUGUGGAGCUGACUGGCGAGACUGGAAUUAUGGACUACUGAUGAGUGGAUGACUCUCACGAUUGUCGACGAAUAUUACGACUAGUGCGACUGCUGCUCCGAAAGAGCCGCGUGCGUUAUAAUACAGAACCAGGCUGUAAGUCUGGGUACACGGAUAU